UUUUAAAUGUAUUUUAUAUUUUAUCAUUCACUGUGGUAUUUUAUUUCUCUUGUUGUGAAGCACUUUGUACUUUGUUUUUGAUAAGUGCUCUAGAAAGUUUUAUUAUUAUUCUUAUUAAAAAGAUGCAACAACAUUUAAUAGUUCACCCUCUUGUCAUGCUUUGUUACACGAAUUGUCUGUUUUCUUGAGUACAAAAUAAAAAUCUGCUUAAAUCUACUGAAGCACCAACACUUCUUUUUUUGUUUUUUAGAAAAAUAAUUCUUGAAACAUGUUGAGUAGUAGAAGAAGCUGCUUAAACUGGCAGAUUUGUGCCCUUCUUUAAAUAAAAAAGACAUAUUGAACUAAAAAAUGGACAAAAAUGACUUAAUAAGGUGCAGACAUACUGUAGUAAUAUCUCCAAAAAUACAACAUUAAUGCCGCUUUAAGUAACAACCAAGCCUAGUUUUACUGUAAAAUCAUCCACGAACUUGCAGAUAAUGGAAUGAAAACAACGUUAAUGUAGAGGGGAGGAGAGUACAGACUGUGUGAUGUGUUUGGAGGAGGGACUCCAUCAUUUGGAGAAGAGAGAAGUUCCUGGUUUGCCAGUGAAGAAGAAAGAGAGGCAGCGUUAAACCAUCAGAGCCUCCAACAUGAACGUUGGUCACACUUUGACCUGCUUCUUCUUCCUCACACUGCGGGAUGGAAACACUGGUCUCAUCAAUGCAGAAAUCCCCGUCCAUACAGGAACUGAAGGAGGAAACAUCACAGUUGGAUGCUCCUUCUAUCUCUCUGGAGUAAGGAAGAUCUUCUGUAAGGACGAAUGUGAAGGAAAAGACAUUCUCGUUGAAACAACUGGUGACAGAGCUCAGAGUGGCAGAUACAGCAUUGAAUAUAUAGAAGGAACUUUUCCACUAAUUUCUACACUUCUGUAUGUGAGCAUCACAAAGCUGACUAAGUCAGAUUCAGGACGGUACAGAUGCAGUUUGGACAGAUUUUUAAUUCCAGAUUCAUCCGAGGAGUUUGAGAUCAGAGUCACAGACGCCACAGGUGUGCAGCUGUAUGUGCGUCUGAUUCUGGUCGUCAUGAUCAUCGUAUCAUCAGUGGUUGUGCUGAUAUUCUGCAGGAAGAGGGCCAGUAAACCCAAAGAACCUCAUGUGGAAAUGGAGUAUGCUACCGUCACAAAGCCCAGCCGAGUGUCUGAGGAGAUCAGAGAGGAGGACAGAGAGAGCAGAUCUCCUCCUGUAGAAAUAUCUACACUUUAAACUUUCCACUGUAGCUAGUUCUCAGAAGAAAUGAAUUAUUAUUAUUAAUUAUCAUUAGACUUCACCCACUAAAAUAAGUGGACUAGGUAACGACUUCAUUGUAUAGCAGAGGAAACAUUUUUUUGCAGUGGUAGAAGAGAAAGAAGAUUGUGGACAUGUCUUUCAAAAUGUGGUCUUACGCUGUGUUCACACCAAACGCUAAUAUCCACCUCGCAUUACUCGCACGGGUGAUCGCCACAUCAUUUGUGUUUAAUCGUGCGAGUAAAUACAACCGUGAGAAUUCACCCUCUCUGGCUUAAUACAGUGGUAUGAACCCAAAAUAAACUGAUUUUGCUGUGAUUUCAUUUAAAGUACAACCGAUAGCUGGAAUCAAGUAACAGACAUACCUGGUAGUCCUUGCUUACUUUUCUCAAAGCAAUUUUUGUCCGGUCUCUAUAUACUGUAAAUAUGAAGUAGUAGCUAUCAUAGAGCUCUGGGUGCCCACAAAUGGCGGCUACAAUAACGACAGUGGAGGUCGGCACCUCUGCACGCUGCUGUAGACAAGUUGAGAAGCAAGGUUGAAGAUAAAUCCAUGCUAAUGUUUAUUGCUCCAUAAGCUCCAGCUCUGGACUUUGUAUGUAAUCGCGGCAUGCGAAAAAUUCGCUUUGCGUUCUACGUGAACACACCUUUCAAUCAACAUAACAUUACAUAAGUUUGAUGUUUCAUACUGCCUUUUUAAGAAACAGGAACCAGGUCAGUUUGUGAUCAUCAACUUUGGUUGUUUUGAAAUACAGAUACUCAGUUCAAUGUUAAGUCUAAAACAGUCUGUAAGAGAUAAACUUCGACCUCUGUUUGUUUUCUUACAGUCUGAAAACGACUCGAGUAACCUCACCUACUCUCAGGUGGAUUUUUCCAAUCGUACAGCUGCCUCGUUUCACAGCGCCCCCUGUGGUGAUGCAGAUAACACCGUCUACUCUGUGCCUCGGGUAGAAGCGAGCUCGGGCGGCAGCCACGCCGAAGACGCUUCACCUCCUCUGUACUCUACUGUUACUUUACAUCAGCUGUAGCUUCAUUUACUCUCUCAGGAGCCAACAGGUGAACACAAAGUGGUGUGCUGUCACAACGUUAGCUUCAAGUUAGAGCUACUUUUAUUACUACUUGUUUAAGUUAAGAUUAUCUUAAAUAUUUUUGGUAAAAAUAUGAAAGUAUUAUUAAAGUUAUUUUGGUUAAGGUAAAUCAUUUGUAUGGUACAAGUUAUGUUACCAAAAGUAUUUGGAUUAUAAUUUGGGGUUCACGCUGUCUCAGUUACUCAGGAUAAUCCAUUGACUUCACUGUCAACAGUUUUCAUUGAGAAGUAUUUUCUACCGAAGUAUGACUACCAGCUGCUGUGUGAUUGACCAGUGACACAAAAAAAGACUUUUUAACUUCAUGCAAAUGAGGGCAACAUUUGCCUGGAGGCUCUGAAGUGAUUCUCAAAAAAACAUUACAAAAAGUAAUGUAGUUACACUUACACAGUGUUUGCUGUCGAUGGAAGCUUCUAACUUACUAGCUUGCAGUGAUGUCGUGCAAUUUAUUUGCCUCCUUCUGCACUGAUAGCCGGUUAGCAGUCGCACUUUGGGUGAAAAAAAGUUCUGAAUGAAAACUGUUCCCAGGUCUGAAAGCUUCACUGAAUAAAUCCACUCUGUGCAUGGGUCGACUCCAGGACCCUCAGGUGGGUUUUUGAUCAUUAAUUUAAAGUUGUAUUUAAAGUAGUUAGUAUAUAGUUAGCAUUUAAAGUGAAAGAAAGUCACUUUGGUAAAAGAAUGAAUUAGAACAGAAGCAGUCGUUUACAUAUUUUUAAUGAAAAUAAACUUGACACAAAUUGAACAUUGGCAGUUUAAACAGUAUAUGGUCUUUUGUCUUUUACUAAAUAUUUGUAGUAAUAUUUUCAUCCACUAAUGUGUGAUUUUGCGUUGAAUACCAAACUGUCCUGCAGGGUAACUAACUACAGUAAUUAGACACUGCAAGCAGGUUGAUAAACUUCACCUUACAGAAGAUAUGAGCUACUCUUGUCACAAGUUAAUGUGUUUUUUCAUCUGCAUCACUACAUGUGGUGUGAACAAAAGUGACAACAGCAAAACAACACAUUUGCACAGAUCAACUUCCUGCUGCGUGGCUCGUUCAUGUUGUCGGUAAAAAAAACAAAAAAAAGACAAAAACAAUACACAAAUCUAAUUAAUUUAACUUAGAAUGAAAUUUAACUUAAAAUGUAAAAACUAAUUAUAAAUGGAACACUUGGUAAAUAUUUCCCUUUACGUCCUUACAGUGCUCAAAGAAGAAUAAAAAUAAUAAUUACUUGAUACAAUACAAAGUGAAUACGUGAGGUUUAAAUAAAAGGGUCAGGUGACAAAGCUAUGGCACAUUAAAGGUAAACACACUGAGGAGGAGGACGACAAUGAUGAAGGUCAGCUGACAAUAAAAACUGCAUAGAAUCAAUAUCACAAAUCUCUAAUGUAGAGAAGACGACUUUGGAAGAUCGUGUGUUGUUUCUGCUCUCAAGCAGUCUUGUAUUCAUCACGUUUGUUGUAGUGCUUCUUUUAACGUCUUUCAUAUUUCAACGAAGGAAGCUCUGAUGUUUAUUGCCAAAAUAAACUAUUCCCUUUUAUGGAUUUCACAAAGAUAACAGUUAAAAUAUACAACUCUGCUCAGAAGUGCAAAUUGUGGAGCAUGGCUUCUUCUUUACCGUUGUUAGAGCAGGAGAGAGAAAACUGCUGCUGAGGCCUGAACAAGGAAGUCCUGCACAGACCUAAAACUGAGACCCAAACCCCCAUC